UAAGAAGAAAGAAACAAAGAAUAUAGAAGAAUGUGGAAGCUUAGGGUCGCAGAUGGUGGCAGUGAUCCAUACAUCUACAGCACAAACAACUUCGUGGGAAGGCAGAUAUCUGAGUUUGACCCUGAAGCGGGAACUACCGAAGAGCGAGCUGAGGUGGAAGAAGCUCGUCUUCAUUUCUACAAUAAUCGCUAUCAGGUUAAGCCCAGUGGUGACCUCCUAUGGCGAAUGCAGUUCCUAAGGGAGAAGAACUUCAAACAAACAAUUCCCCCAGUUAAAGUUGAGGAUAGAGAGGAAAUCUCACAUGAAAAGGUCACAGCUUCAUUGAGAAGGUCUGUCCACUUCCUUUCAGCUUUGCAGGCUACCGAUGGCCAUUGGCCUGCUGAAAAUGCCGGCCCGUUAUUUUUUCUUCCUCCUUUGGUGAGUAUUUAA